UUGCUCUUCAGUCACUGCAAGGAAAGGAAAGUAACCUUCUCCGCCCUUUAGUAAUCAAUUUACACAAUCAGGAGAGGAGUGCAGAGAUUCCACAACCAGCUUAAACCCUAGACUCGAUGUCCGCGGACCGCGGAAGUUGAAUUAGAAUAAUAAAAAAAUCGCCAUAUAAAUCUGUCAGUUUGAACUAGAGAUAUUUUUGUUGUUGCAUUGGAUGUCUCUCAAUCGACCACACUUCCGGAUCGGCGGUGAAAGGUGAAAUAGCUAGAGCUGUUUUAUCAGACCAUGAGCAACAAAGAGCCACAGAACACUGCUGCUGUACCUCAUCGAUCAUUGUAAAAGUAAACAUGUAAGCGUUCAUACUUUGACCUCUCUCACUAUCUCAAUGCUUCGCUUCUCUUCUCUCUCAGCGUGAACAAACAAGCAUUGAGCCGCCAAUAUCUGACACAAACACACACACACUGCGCGCGCCUGCAGCACUGGUUUAAAAGUGCUGCCAAACACAUCGCGCGCAUUACAUCUCCUCCAGUAUCUGCACAGAGAAAGCAAUGUCCCCCUCUCCUCGCGCCGCUACUGAUGCGCUCGAGGAAGUCCGGUGAUUGGAAGUCCCAAUUGGAAGUCCCAAUCACCCGCAGACAUGCGAGGUGCGUGUCUAUGGCUGUCCCUCACCUAUUUGGCCGCCAGCCCGGACGGGUUGGGGGCACGGGAAUACAGCAACUCAACCGUUAUCGGCGGUGGAGUUCUAUUUGUGGACGCAGAAGGGCUGUUGAACCUCUCAGACCCGUACACGUCCAACCGGACAAAUGUCUUCUCGCUGGACCUGGACGAGGGCACGCUCGCGGACUGGCACUCCAUGGCGGGUAAAAAGCGCUACGGGGGAGAGUCCCAGAACGCGACCGUGAAAUCCCUACUGGUCGUGGCUUACUCUUUCAUCAUUGUCAUCUCGCUGUUCGGAAACACGCUGGUGUGCCAUGUGGUGAUCAAGAACAAGAGGAUGCACUCCGCCACGAGCCUGUUCAUCAUUAACCUUGCGGUGGCAGACAUUCUCAUCACGCUGCUCAACAUGCCCUUUACUUUGGUUCGCUUUGUGAACAGCAGCUGGGGGUUCGGGAAGGGUAUGUGCCACAUCAGCCGGUUCGUCCAGUACUGCUCCCUGCACGUAUCCACACUCACUCUCACGGCAAUCGCGCUGGACAGACGCCAGGUCAUUCUCCACCCUCUGAGGCCCCGCAUGUCCCCGACUCGCGGUGUUGUGUGUGUAAUUCUCAUCUGGGUCAUGGCCAGCUGCUUCUCCUUGCCUCAUGCUAUCUACCAGAAGCUCCUAACCUUCGUGUACAGUAAGGAGAAGGUGCGCAGCCUUUGCGUCCCCGACUUCCCCGAGCCCUCUGACGUCUACUGGCAGUGCAUCGACCUCCUCACCUUCAUCCUCCUCUACGUCCUACCCCUCCUCAUCAUCACCGCCGCCUACUCAACCGUGGCUCGCCGCCUGUGGCGCCGUAACGCUAUCGGGGACACCACCACUGCGCAGUUCGCUGUGCAGCGGCGGAAGCGGCGGCGCACCCUGGCUAUGUUGUUGGCGGUUGUUGGGGUGUUCGCGGUAUGCUGGUUCCCUCUGAACUGCUACGUGGUGCUUCUCUCCAGCCAGGCCAUUCAGUCAUCCAAUGCCUUGUAUUUCUGUUUUCAUUGGCUGGCGAUGAGCUCAACGUGUUACAAUCCCUUCAUCUACUGUUGCCUGAACCCCGCCUUCCGCCAGGAGCUAAGGCUGCUAUUGGGCAUGUGCCAGAGGAGGGGGCGUGGAGGGGUGGGGCCGGUGCUGGUGGCUCCGCCCUCCUGUGCACCCUGCCACAGAGCCGCCUGGCCGGAGAGCCGCACUGGUUCUCGGCCGAGUCACGCCUCUUCACACCCGAGCCACGCAUCUUCUCGACCAAGCCACUCCUCGUCCUCUCACCAGCCUCCUAAAGACAGGCAUGUCCUUUUCUCCGCUAGACAUGCCAGUAAAACAGACAUCCUAUCAGUGGAGCCUAUAGUAGCUGUCAGUUAACUUUGACUACCAGAAUGCAUUUGGGUUGGGAUUGAGUGAAUGGUUGAGUUUAUUUGACAAUUAAAGACGUGUAAAGUUGCUGCAUUAGGUGGUGAGACCUGUUGAAGGACUACGUUGUUAGCCAAAGACAGUGGGGGCUCUUGGACGGGAAAUGUGAGAUCUUUAAACUUUCAUGACAGCGCCACCUUCAGGAAGAAAUGUCUCACAUGGAUAGGAGUAGGGGUUGGGGAGGUCUAGCAACAAAUGCAACACCCAAACCACCAACUACUCUGUUAGCACAUACUGUAUACGCUGAGUGUACAAAACAAUUAAGGACACCUUCCUAAUAUUGAGUUUACACCCCCCCCCCUUUUUUUCCCUUCCGAACAGCCUCAGUUCGUGGGGGCAUGGACUCUACAAGGUGUCAAGUGUUCAACAGGGAUGCUGGCCCAAGUUGACUCUAAUGCUUCCCACAGUUGUGUCAAGUUGGCUGGAUGUCCUUUGGGUGGUGGGACAUUCUUGAUACAAACAGGAAACUGUGUGUACUACCAUACCCUGUUCAAAGGCACUGAAUGGAACACACACAAUCCAUUUCUCAGUUGUCUCAUGGCUUAAACAUCCUUCUUUAACUUGUCUCCUCCCUUUCAUUGACAAUGAAUGAAGUGGAUUUAACAAGUGACAUAAAUAAGGGAUCAUAGCUUUCACCUGGUCAGUCUAUGCCAUGGAAAGAGCAGGUGUCCUCAAUGUUUCGUACACUCAGUAUACAUUAGCAGAACAGUAUUGUCGCGGCAUAGACAGUUCUGCUUUGUCUCGGGACCGCAUUGCACCACAACCUGCGAAACUUCUCUGCCUCUCUUUAUGUUCUGGCUCUGUCUAGUUGUUUUGUAUCGCUUUCCGAAUAAAUCACGGACAAUUCUAUCCGUUAUUGGACAUCAAAAGGCGGUGGAAUUUUGUCAUUUCACCAGCUGCUGUUCAUUCCAAAAAAAGAAUAUUGUCUUCAUUCCCACUGAUCGCCCACUGCACAGAUUAUUAAGUGUUGUGGUGGGUCCCUGACAGCUUUUCAUUUCAUUUUUGUUGAAGACAGAACUAUCUAACCAGUGGGGGUGAAGACUGUGAGCGCAAUAUUCCGCUCCCCGAGUUUCACUGCUGCUGUCGCGGAGUUGCAGGAAGGGGAGGGGCUGAUGGAGCUAGAGUUUGAAGGAACAAUCUGUAACUUUCACUUCACGUCGGAAGUGCUAUCCCUGCACGUUUUGUAUACUGUGGCGUUGGGUCUCGCUCGGCAAAUGUAACUGAAGGUGACCCACAGAAUUUCAGUAACUCUGUAGCAGGUUCUGUGCAUUUGCCCAGAUCCACUCCUAAUGUUUACAAACAUGUGGAGGGACAGCGCUUUUAACCAUUGACUGUAAACGAAAGUAACAGACUGAACCUUUAAGAUCUGAUAAGAGUUCAGGACCGUGGGAAAGAGGAAAGGGGUAAGCUUUUGUGGUCCCCGGAAAAGAGCAGAUAUGUGCACCACGUCAUUGUGGUCUCUCGCUCUGCUGUGUGUGAUUCUUGCUAGCUGUCACUCAAAUGGCGAGGGGCUGAAGCUCAUUGCCCGGAAACUGCUAGAGGGCUGGCCCACGUGGGGGUAAAUGUAGGGAUUUCGUGGCUAAUUGACAUAAAAUCGUAAUUCUGCUUGUAGAUUUAUGUACUUUAUGUAUACAUAUUGACAUAUCCAGUCCAAAGCGGGAGGUAAA